CUUCAAGUUGAAGCCUUCUCAACUCAAGCAAUUUUCCUGUGCUGCCCCUAUCAGAUUUCUCAAACGCCAAAUGAAACAAACAUAAAAAUACACAAGCUGAGUGAGCGGUUCUAGAAUAUCCAUUCUAUAUAAUAAUAAAUAAUUCUCCCAUUAGCACAUCGCCAUCCCCACCCCCACCCCCACGUCUUCAACUUGUACACUUUCUUUACUCAUCCCAGCUCACUGCACUCCACAGAAGCAGAAAUGGCCAUCUCAAUCACCAUUCCCAGUUAUACCCUUUUCUAUCUGCUCAUCUUUUCUUCUUGCCACCUCCCCGUUUUCUCCGUUAAUGUCGUCGAUUUGUUAACCUCGUACCCCGAUCUCUCGGACUUCACGAACCUCUUGACAACAACCGCCGUCGCCGCCGAUCUGGCCCAACGCACCUCCGUCACGCUCCUGACGGUGCCCAACGCGUUCUUGCAUAGUUCCUCCCCCGAUCUCACAGCGGGGCACCACCCUUCUAGUAACCUCGCCGACGUCAUUCGAUACCAUGUCCUCCUUGAGUACCUGUCUUUGUCCGACCUCCGCCACAUGCCGCCAACUGGGAAACUCGUCACCACACUGUUUCAGACAACCGGUCGUGCAGCGUCUAACUCCGGCACUGUCAAUAUCACGUUUAGCCCUUCUUCAAACGCCGUUACUAUCUACUCUUCCACAUCUAAUGCUACUCUCCUUGCCCUAAUUAGAACUCUUCCUUAUAAUAUCUCGAUUUUCUCCAUUAAUUCGCUUCUAGUCCCUUACAAUGUCGAUCUAAUGGCUUCUGAAACUCGCCCGCCUUUGGGGCUCAAUAUUACGAAAACGCUAAUUGAUGGGCACCAAUUCAAUGUUGCGGCAUCGAUGCUCCAAGCAUCUGGGGUUGUUUCUGAAUUUGAAGCCGACGAGAGUGGUGCCGGAAUCACACUUUUCGUACCCACUGAUGAUGCAUUUGCCGAUCUGCCUUCAUCGGUGAAGCUACAGUCUCUACCGGCGGACAAAAAAGCAGUGGUUUUGAGAUUCCACGUCUUGAAUUGUUACUACCCAUUAGGUUCUUUGGAGUCGAUAGUGAAUCCGGUUCAACCCACAUUGGCGACGGAGCAAAUUGGGGCUUCGAGUUUCACAUUAAAUAUCAGUCGGGUUAACGGGUCGGUGGGCAUUGAUACCGGGAUAGUGCAGGCGUCCGUGACGCAAACGGUUUUUGAUCAGAAGCCGGUGGCGAUUUUUGGGGUUUCCGAAGUUUUGUUGCCGAGAGAAUUUUUUGGGAAGAAUCCAAUUGAAGUGAACAAACCAGUAACCGGGGGCGCUCAGCCACCGGAUAUUGCACUCUCACCCGUGGCCGGAAUGUACAGUCCAGGAGGUCGUGAUUCAUCACCGGCUGGAAUGGAAAUAAUAUCAGCAGCUGAGAAAGUACGAUUGCAAAGAUUAUUGCUGGGUUUGUGGUGUAUAUGGCUGAAUUAUCUAUAUCAAAGGCGCUGAGAUUUAAUUAUUUUUGGAAAAUCGAAUUGGAGUGGGAUAAUUCAUCAGUAUCACGAGGUGAUUUAUUCUUAAAUUGCCAAUAAUUCUAGAUCCCAAUUUCAUUUGUAUUAUUAUUUUUGUAUCAUUUUCUUGAAUAUGCAUUUUUCAAUUGUUAUUGUAAAGCACUUGAAAUUUUUUAUUAUGUAAUAUAUUACCAAAUCCAGUAGUGAAGUGACUGAAAAAAAAUCUUGGAUUAUUUGUGUACGUUUUUAUUGAAAAACAAGAUUGCAGAGAAAGCUGAAAUCUUGAUAUCUUGUAUUAAAUCGGAAAAUUUGCAGACUUUUUGGCUCAAAAAAAAUGCCAAAUUAAAGUGUAGACAUGCUUUCCUUUCUUGCAUCAUUGCUCCUUCUGUUUCAACAGUUGCUGCCUUUUAUCAUAUGUCUGCCACCGAAUAUUUGUGUC